ACGUCAGGGCAGCUUGGGGCGGAGCUGGCCCCGAUUGCUGCCUCUGCGCGCUUCGGGAGGAGGCCUCGCGACUCGCCAGUCGUCGCAGGGGUCUGUCCCGUCCCCAGGCUGGGCCCGAGAGGAGCGGAGCCCGCUCCGGACAGAAUAUGGAUUCCCAAAAGGAUGUUCAGCCUCCAAAGCAACAGCCAAUGAUUUACAUUUGUGGAGAAUGUCACACAGAAAAUGAAAUAAAAGCAAGAGAUCCUAUCAGGUGUCGAGAAUGUGGGUACAGAAUAAUGUACAAGAAAAGAACAAAAAGAUUGGUUGUCUUUGAUGCCCGGUAAUGUGAAUUCAAGAAUUAGCUGUUUUGGCCUGGUUCAUUUUAGUAUACUGAUAACUUUGGUUUGUAUACACAUCUGUUGUGGAGAAAUAUAUACUUUUUCAUUCUGAUAUCAGUUGUAAAUUAUUCAAGUAGUUAAAUAAAGUUUUUAAUAUCAAAAA